CAGCUGUUCAGGCAGACAGCUGAAUGAGCUUACACCUAUGUAAGCUGGUAUAACGUAUAGUUUCCCUCCAAAGACGAAGAUGCUUUUGUGAAUACUAAACUUUGCAAACUGCUACAAGUACUAGGGCUGAGCCCUCGCAGAGUGAUGACAGACGAAGACAUAUUUUGGUUUGAGUCAGGAGAAAUAGUUUAACCGAAGACAUCUCUGGCCAAGGAAACCAACCAGGAGGAGGCAUAACUUCGCCUGUGUGGCAACCGGCCGCCUGCAUGUCCUCUACUAAUGAGCUCCAGCCGUGAAUGAGCGCUGGCUUUACGCGCAGAUUGAAAGGGAAAGGUCGAAGGACGGUCUGUUGCGAUGAGAACAAAGUGGCAUCUCUAUAUUUUGUGGAGUCUCUUAUCACUCGGCCUCCCCAGCGGUGCAGCGAACCCUUAUGAGUCCCCAUUCACCGCGAGGGAAAACGUUUUCACAUCGGGUUCUCCAGAAUCCAGACUGAUCAAACUGUCAGCAGCCUCCCCGCUGCCUCGAGUCGGCUCCCGAAGGCCCUACCCUCCCGCGACCCCCGCAACGCCUCGGUCCAUGCGUCCGGCAAAGCCCGAGCCAAAGAUCCAGUCGGACUUUGCCUACCUCCCAGACGUCUCUGUGACCUGCUCCACGUCGGACUUUGUCGUGCGGGUCAAACCGGCUUUCUACGGCCUGGGCGCAGAUGCGGGGGAGCUGAGAUUAGGCGGCAGCUGCAGAAGCAACGGGGCUCUCGGACCGUACGGUGACCUCCUCUUCACGUAUCCCCUGACGGCGUGCGAUGCCGUGCUCGAGGUGCGUCAAAGUUACCUGGUCUACAAAUUCGUGCUCCUCUAUGAGCCUUCGCCAAAACGGCUGCCAAGCAGAGCGCACCGGGUCGAUGUCGACAUUGAAUGCCGUUAUCCGAGGAACCAUCAUGUGUACCAGCUGGCUGUGAGACCCACCUGGCAGACUGCUGUUGUGCGGAAAAGGCUUAAAGGUCGUCCCAGCGACUUCCAGAUCGAGUUGAUGGACGAUUCGUGGAGCAUACCAGCCAAGUCCCAGGUGUACCAGCUUGGGCAGACGGUAAAUUUCCAGGUCUCCGCUCCCCACCCCCCCUCUGGAGGAAAACUUUACAUCAGUAGCUGUUAUGCAACACCAUCCAGUGGCUCUAAAUCACCCCUUAAAUACGCCAUCAUUGACAAUUUUGGCUGUAUGCUGGACAGCAAGAGGUACCCAGGGGCCUCUCAGUUCAUCUAUCGGACAGACAAGACCCUGCGAUUCUCCCUGAAGGCUUUCCAGUUUACGGCUGACCCUGAAACUGAGGUCAGCAUUCACUGCAGUUUAUCAGUCACAUCAGAGGAACCAAAUCCUGCACACAAAUCUUGCACCUACAGAGGGAACAGGUGGACGGCCCUCAUUGGUGACAACUCCAUAUGUGAAUGCUGUGAUUCACAAUGUGUGACCUCUAAACCCCAGAGGGCCACCAUGGAAGGCUCUGCCAGCAGUGAUUCCCUGCUAGUCUCUGAUCAGCCGUUCACAGCAGAAGAUGGUUUUCUACCAGUCAGUCCCUCCCUGGUCAACAUGAGCAGAGAAGGCAAGACCACAGUGAGUCGUCUCACUGAUGAGCUGCGCAGUCAUGAGUAUCUGUGGGAAAGUACCGAUGUAGGAAAGUAUGAUGAUGAAGAGAGAGGCUACAUCGAAGAGGAGCUUGAAGAAGAAGCGGAAAGCAGGGUUAUCCUUGAAGUGAUGACAGGGCCUGAGUUAGAGAAAUUAGUUUUCAGGCAUGGUGUUUUAGUGAAGGAGAGGAAAGAGGCUGAAGUAAAGGAUUUAAAUGAGCUUGGGGUGGAUGGCUCAGGGUAUGAAGUAGAGGAGGAUUUUUUAGAGGGGGAAAAAGAGAAAGUAAGAUCUGAGGGAGGAGAAGAUGAAAUCUCCGAUGCAAAGCAGGCGACCCAUUUGAAUCAGAAGGAAGGGGAAGUGCUCCGUCACUGGGCGCAGUUGGAGCAACUAAGAGUCGGCCUACAGAGAGAGGUGCAGCCCAUGGACCCUGAAGGGGAUGAAGAAAACAGGAGGUAUAUAGAUACUGGGGAAGAGGAUGAGAGGACAAGAGCCUAUGACGUGGAGUGGAAGAAUGAUGACGGUCUGGUAGCGGAUGACGGGGAGAUGACUUGGUAUUUCGCAUGGAGGUAGUAUUAGAUCAAUGCGUCCCUGGCUAAUGACUGUUCUAACUCUUCAUAACAACUUUCAUUUCAAUAAAAAUAAACAUGAAAAUGCAAGUGACAGACUGUCUUUCAUCAUAACUUACAUCAGACUAAGAAACCAUUUCUUUUUUAAAAUUCUGAAUUUCAAAAACCUGGAAAAUGUUAGUGAGUCAAACUAUAUAUUUUUAGGUUUGUACUGGAAUAUGAAUUGGAGGCUGAAAUAAGAAAAUGCAUGCCAGUGCUUGGACAGCAAUCUUCUGAAUAAAAAGGAUCCUCCUCA